CGUUUGCCAUCGAUGAUGCGGAAAGAGUGCCACACGAUUUCUUCCUGUCCGAUGGUUGUGGGAGUCUGCUAAACCUUUUGCGAGAUGAACAGCGUUGGGGAAGGCUGCACCGAGCUCAAGCGGGAAUACGACCAUUGUUUUAACCGCUGGUUCGCUGAGAAGUUCCUCAAGGGUGACCGCAGUGGCGACCCCUGCUCUGAAAUGUUCAAAAAGUAUCAGCAAUGUGUGCAGCAAGCCAUUAAGGACAAGGACAUACCUGUUGAUGGGAUAGAAUUCAUGGGGCCCAACAAAGAGAAACCAGAAAGCUGAUGUGAAGGCUCCUGUGCUGCUGGACUCCACUGAGACAAGGAAGGAGAAGCAGAACUCCUUAUCAUUUGAUGGUGACCUUGUAUCUUUUGCUGGAUGGAUGGAUGUUGUGUAUGUGUGUGUGUGCCUCUGGGAAUACCCUGAGCAGGUACGCUAAUUUAAGACAUUUUUUUUUUUAAAAGUGUAAUGGCAGUGAUGUCCAAUGCUGAUAAUGGUCUACAUAACAUUUGAACACUAAUGUCACCAACUCGCCUUGGACAAACAAAAUGAAGCCACAGACCUCAGAACAUCAAAUGUCAAAAUUAUUUGGGAUCAUUUGUUGGAGAAACCAUCAUAACACAGAUGCCAAAUGUACCCCUGUGUGGAGGGGGUGGCAGGGGGAGCUUCCAGUGCAUAUCAGCUACACACACAACAACCAGUGUUAAAGUGGUCAAGUUAUGGAAAUCAUUCCCCACCACUAUUUGUGUUCUGAAUCAUUUCUUGAAAUUCUCUUUUACAUCACGAGAUUUCAUGUGACAAGAGGUAACCAAAGAAGAGCUUGUAUGUGUGCUUGGUCCUGGCCUCUGGACAGAUGUGCCUCCUCACAGACAGGCCUUUUCAGAAUCCUGUCCUGACUGUUGGCUGUAUUUUCUAUUGCUAUUAAGCUUGUAAUGCCAGCUGCUGCUACUUGGAGGUUCUCAGUUUUUUAGCUUUUGGUCUUGCUGUGGACUACACAAAAUAGUAAUGAUGGAAUGCAUGGCUGAAAGGUCCUUUCCUAUGGUGUUACAUGGUCCUUUUAUUUUUUAUUUAAUUAUGUUUGAGCUGUGUAUCAUGCAAACAGUCCUCCAAUGUUUUAUUCUAAUGUUUACAAUAAAUUCUGGCAAAUAA